AUGUCCGCCUUCGCCCUGGAGGAGACGCUGGAGGCGGACUGGGUGGCCGUGAGGCCUCACGCCUUCCAGGAGCGGGAGAAGCACAAGUUCGUCUUCAUCGUGGCCUGGAACGAGAUCGAGGGCAAGUUCGCCAUCACCUGCCACAACCGCACGGCGCAGCGCCAGCGCAGCGGCUCCCGCGAGCUGCGCCGCGGCAGCCCCGCGGCCGCCGAGCCGCGAGCCGCCCCCGUGGCCGGCGGCCCCGCGGUGCGCAGGAGCGCGGCCUGGGGCGCGGAGCCCGGCCUGGGGCGCGGCGCCGCGCAGCCCCGCGCCGAGGCGCUGGCCAGGAGCCCGCUGCGCGCCAAGAGCAGCCCGGCGCGGAGGCCGCCGCGGGGCCCGGAGGCGGCAGGUGCCGCCGAAGACAUAGAAGUGCUGGAGCUGGGGAAGGAGGAGGCGGCGGGCGCCUCGCUGUCGCUGCCGUGCCCCCCGCCGCCGGCAGCCGAGCCGGCGGCUCCCGACGCGGAGCCGGCGGGGGAGGAGUGCAGCUGGGCCGGCCUCUUCUCCUUCCAAGACUUGCGGGCUGUGCACCAGCAGCUGUGCUCGGUGAACUCUGAGCUGGAGCCCUACCUGCCGGCCUUCCCCGAGGAGCCCUCGGGCAUGUGGACGGUGCUGUUCGGAGCACCGGAGCUUUCUGAGCAGGAGAUGGAUGCGCUUUGCUACAAACUACAAGUUUACUUGGUCCACAGCUUAGACACCUGCGGCUGGAAGAUCCUUUCGCAGGUGCUUUUCACCGAGACUGACGACCCUGAAGAGUAUUACGAGAGCCUGAGUGAGCUGCGACAAAAGGGAUACGAGGAGGUGCUGCAGCGGGCCCGCAAGCGAAUCCAGGAGCUUCUGGAAAAACAUAAGAAUACAGAAAGCAUGGUAGAGCUGCUUGAACUGUAUCAAAUGGAAGAUGAAGCCUACAGUAGUCUUGCAGAAGCUACCACAGAACUCUAUCAAUACUUACUACAGCCAUUUCGAGAUAUGAGGGAACUUGCAAUGCUUCGAAGACAGCAGAUAAAGAUCUCGAUUGAGAAUGAUUACCUAGGCCCCAGAAGAAUUGAGAGUCUGCAAAAAGAAGAUGCCGAUUGGCAGAAAAAAGCCCAUGUGGCUGUGCUUUCUAUUCAAGAUCUUACAGUUAAAUACUUUGAAAUAACAGCUAAAGCACAAAAAGCUGUGUACGAUCGAAUGCGAGCAGACCAGAAAAAAUUUGGUAAGGCAGCAUGGGCAGCAGCAGUGGAACGAAUGGAAAAGCUUCAGUAUGCCGUUUCUAAGGAGACUUUGCAGUUGAUGCGUGCUAAAGAAAUCUGUUUGGAGCAGAAGAAACAUGCACUGAAAGAGGAGAUGCAAAGUCUGAAAGGUGGUACAGAAGCCAUAGCCCAUUUGGACCAGUUAGAAGCUGACUAUUAUGAUCUGCAGCUUCAAUUAUAUGAAGUGCAGUUUGAGAUCUUGAAAUGUGAAGAGCUGCUGCUGACAGCACAACUUGAAAGCAUCAGAAGACUGAUGUCAGAGAAGAAAGAUGAAGUAGUGUAUUAUGACACUUACGAAAGUAUGGAAGCCAUGCUUGAAAAAGAGGAUAUGGUAACAUCUGUACAUCUGCAAAAAGAGGAACUGCAGAAAUUACAACAAAAAAUCCGCCAGCUGGAAGCCAGGCGUGGACGUAUUUCAGCCAAGAAAGCCUACCUCAGAAAUAAAAAGGAGAUCUGUAUUGCAAAGCAUAAUGAAAAGAUCCAUCAGCGUCACCAGAGCGAGGAGGAGUACAGAAUGCACCAUACUGUGCAGCUAAAAAGAGAUCAGCUGCAAGAUGAAGAGGAAAGAAAGAGUUCCUGGGUUAGUCAGGAGCGACAGAAAACACUGGACAGACUUCGCACAUUUAAACAGCGGUACCCUGGGCAAGUAAUACUUAAAUCAACCAGACUACGACUGGCUCAUGCAAGAAGAAAAUGUACAGGCAGCUCAAUAUCCUGUGUAGAUCAGCCUCAAUCUUUACCAGCAACGAUACAAACCCAAGAGAAGAGUGAAGAGGUGGAACUGGAAAACAUAGUUCAGCCUUUGCAAGUGCAGGAAUCCAGAAGCUUAGAACAACUUCAAGAUAUUUUGUUACCUCCCAAUGGCGUUACCUCUGAACUGCCUCAUGUUAGUGCUUCUCCACACAUUAAUAAUGAGCUUCAACCAGAGACUCUUACUGUAGUACCACUUCCUCCUCCUUUGCCUCCUCCACCCCCACCUCCACCCCCACCUCUGCCUUCCAAGGAAGAUGCUACCAAAUCCUUAGAGAAAACCGAUAACGUUGUUAAACGCCAGAGCGAGGAGAAGGGAGUCCAGCACUCUUCCAGUGUCCCAACAGCACAUCUGUUUGACAGUAGUCAGCUAGUCAGUGCCAAGAAGAAGCUUAAGAAGACAGGUGAUCUAGAGGGUUUGCAGAGGAGGAGAGUGAGUUCUCCGAUGGAUGAAGUACUGGCUUCCUUGAAGCGUGGUAGCUUUCACUUAAGAAAAGUUGAGCAGAGAAGUCUCCCUCCUUUUCCUGAUGAAGAUGAUAGCAAUAACAUCUUGGCACAGAUCAGGAAAGGGGUGAAACUGAAGAAAGUGCAGAAAGAUGUUUUGAGAGAACCUUUUACAAUUCUGCCUGAUACUGACCCUCUGACAAGGAGCAUCCAUGAAGCAUUGCGACGAAUUAAGGAAGCAUCACCUGAAUCAGAAGAUGAAGAGGAGAGUUUGCCUUGCACAGACUGGGAAAAUUAACCUGUGAUUCACAGCCACUGAAGUGAGAAAAGAAACCCCAGUGGAAGAUUACUUUUCCUCUUCAUUUCUGAAAAUUCAGAGCCAGCAGUUUUGACCAUCAAUUCCACAGUAGGCUUUCUUUGGCAAAGAAAUAGGCUUUCUUUGGCAAACAAUUCAGUAUGUGUGGGGGGGGGAAACCUGAAAUGUUGAUUUUUUUUUUCAGGUCACUUUUUUUUUUCUUUAAUUUAUUUAAAAAAUUCUGGGUUGGACAGCAAGCUAAGUUUAGAUGUGCGUUUUAUAUAAUUAAGAAGAAAAGAUCUUCCAGAUGCUAACCUGAUUCUUAAGCACUUUUAAUAUUUGUGUGACUAAUGUGUGGCCAGUUAAGUGUGAGAAGAGGAUUUUUUUGAGUGGGGAGAAAACUUGUUGUUAGAAUAACUUUGGGAUCCGGUUAAACAUCAAAACAGCUGUAAAACCUACCCUUCUCUGCACCUGCACUGAAUGUAUCAUCUGCUUGAAAACUGACUAAAGAGCUCCUUGCAGCAAAGCUUGCUAUGUAGCAGUGUGAUAUUACAGAAAAGAGCAGAAUUCCUAAUUUACCAGGACAGUUGCACUACAGUAGCUGAAAUUCAGUAUUGUGCAACUAAGUUUUUUUUUUUUCCUUAGUGUGAAGAAGAGUAUGUCAGUGUGAAAAAUAACAAGUGACUACAGCAUAAUGAGAAUUAAGAGUUUGUAUUCAGUACAUAUUCCAGAGUGUGUGUGUUUCCAGCAUGGUACACUAGCAAGGCGUACUGCGGCUCCUUUUUGAAGGACGUAUGUAGUCUUACAGUUUUUUAAAGUAGACAUUUUCUUGCUUUUUUAAAAUAAUAUUUAGCUAUGCUGAACCAAGUUAAUUAUAUCGUAAUCAUUUGUUAUAAGAAGCAAUAUUUUAUAAUUUCAUACUUAAAAUUAUUUUUCUCUCUUGGUUAGAAAUGGCUUUUGUUUGAUUAGUGUAAGUAGCCUUCUUUAGAAAAGAUCAAAGCACUUAAACAUACUGAUACUUCAGUUAUGAAAAUUACGCUUCUUGUCUUGGUUUUUAUUAUCCCCUAUAGUGGCCACAAGUAUUUCUUUUUCAUACCCAAAAGCCUGUAGGCUGAAAAACAAGUUCCCUUUUGAUCUUGAACUUUGUUAAGAAGGAGAGUUGGAACUUCCUCUGCAGUGUAUGCUUCGAAAUAACCGUAAAUCUCAUGACUAAUGGCUGCAGGCAGCUACUCUUACGAUAUUACAAUUCUGAGAGUUACAUCAGUACAGAGAUACAAGUAGUCUUGUACCAUCUAGAAAGUCACCCUCUAUUACGAUUUUAAGUAAACUAAAUUUUCACUAGCAUUUUAUUUUUAAUAGCAUGACAUUCACUGUGUUUGAGAAAAAUACCAUCCCUUUCCUUUAUAGGAUAUGUUCUUCACUGUUCCUUUUGUGAAAGACAAAUUACGAUGUGGUGGUUUUGGUUUUUGUUUUUUCAUUAAGUGGAGUUAUGUAUUGCUGCUGUCAUAUAAUGGAAUACAUACAGUGCUAAUGUUUAUAACAGGAGAUUUCAUGUCUUGCCAUUUAUUUUUUAAAAUAGGAACAGGAGUACUUACCUUAGCAAUAGGUUAUAUAGCCUAAAGGAACCUCAGAUCUUGGACCGUUCAGCUGUUUUGCUGUGGCUGUCCUGAAAUUAAAGUUCUGUCAAACAUCCCAAAAGGAUGUCACUUCACCCUCGCUAUUGACAGGCAUUCUCUCAACCUUGUUGCCUUAUUUUUAAAGUUAAUGAACACUCAUUUUCUAAGCACCUGUGAGCAGCAUUAUUUCAGAGUUGUAUCAGUUCUGCUUUGUGAAUUACGUGUCAGGUCUGUGUUCCUCUCUCAUGACAAGACCAGCUCUGUGAAACACUUGAGUGUUCCCAGGCUUUCCAAGAACCUGCAAAUACCAGACACUGCCCGCGCCCCCCCAGAUCUGUUUCUGCAAACCCAGAGUUGCAUGAUCUGGUUGUGAGUUGCCUGAUGCUGUAUUUGGGCAGCAAUUAUUAGAGUACUUUUCAAAAUUUUUCAUAAUCAUUUCACAUAGCCUGUACUGAAGGUGGUGGUGUAUUUUUUUUUUUCUCUACAUUUCCAUUUUCUGUAUUUCCAGUCACUCCACUCUUUAAAACUGAAUGAACUUAUGGCCAUAACACAAAGCAGAUCUAUGAUUUUGGAUGGUAAUUCAGAUGAUACAGUUCAUGUGCAACUUAGUGUUAAAUUUGUAGUAUUGAUUGGGCAACGUCUAUGUCCAUCUUCUCCUGUUUCCUAGCCUGCAUUUUUAUUCCUUAUUGUAUGCAUAUGGGACACUGGCAAAAUUCCAAGUCAAGGGAAAGUAGUAUGAUUUAACAUAUAGGUGUAAUGGUCGUCUUGCACAAUGCUUGUGUCCCCAGUUUAUCACUGUUGCGAUGUAUCCAAGUAGCUCCAUGCUGUGCUGUACUGCAGGGUUUUCAGACUGAUUUGCCAUGUGGUCUGUCAACUUUGCCUUGAAAAUGUGUGCAUGAUUUCAAAAAAUAACUGUUCUUGGUAUGUUUUAUACCUAGCUAAAAUCUAAGGAUUCCUAUAAUAGCUUAGUUUAUAGAAAUGGAUUUCUCAUAGGAACAUGUAUUUUAUGCGUACUCAAAAAUUAGUUAUGCCGAGUGUAGUGGUUUAUAUCAGUUCCAGUUGCCAUUUUCAAUGUGGAAAGUAAAUAUUUUUUCACAGUAUGUGGAAAAAAAAAAACAAAAUUGAAAUUUUAAUCUUCCGUGAGUCGCUAGAUGUCACGAUUUCACAUAAUUCUCCACUUAAGUAUAAAAAUUGUGCAUAUGUAAUAUACAGGCUGAUGCAUAAAACUGUUCCCAUCCAUCUUAGUGGUGUGAAGAUUUGUAGUGGGGCAGCUGGAGCAGCUAAUGGGAAAAGUCUAAGCAUAUUCACAAGAAUCUUAAAUUGCGACAAUCCUGCAUUGAGUUUGGCACCUGUCUAGCUGAGAAAAGCUCUGAUAAAUAUGUAAGUGCUUGAGAAAUCAUAGUAAGCAUCUUCAGGGAACGGACAUUUAUUCUUAAAUACAUGCAAGGAAAGAGCCUCCAUGGAAAAGCAUACAGAUUUCUGGUAUUUGCCGUUGGUGGCUGGACUUCAUUGUUGGGGUGCGCUGCUCUGUUGCUAGUCAUUUCUCUUAAGUAACUCGCCAGCUUUCAGGAUCUUCCCAUGCCUACAAACUUGCUUUCUCUGUUCAAACCAAAACUCUUCUAGUUUAGUAUAACAAAUCCAGUGAGGUGAAGAGUUAGGAUGUAUAAUGGUUGUUCUGCAAGUGCGUAUUUGAGAACUGAAAAUCUUUCAUGAGUGGGAACAAGAAAUGAAAUACUAAAUUUCUACUAAAAUAACUAAAAUGUAAGGUAAACAACAAUAACUUUUUGAUCAGAAAUGGAAUUUGUAUCAACGUAAAUUUCAUUUUUUCCUUCACAGAGGGCCCAGAUCCCUUAAAAUAACCAGUAUUCUUAUUUUGUUCACUUUCUUACUGUGUUUUCAUAUUUUAGUAAAGCUGCCUUUUUAGGGGAAAAGCUUUAUUUUUCUUAAACAUCCCUUUCAAGUUUAAAAAAAUAUCUGACAGCCUGCAUUCUACACCAGAUAUCUGUAAAAAUAAAUUAGUAUGAUCAUAUGUUGUAUUCUUUGUGGCUGCAUCAGGGGUAGAAUUCAGCAUACUCUACUACAUUAUUUGUAAAGAAUCAUUUUGGCUAUGAGCACUAUAUUCUUUAAAGUCUAAUAUUAAAGUAAUGACUGUUACUGAAGAUGCAACGUCAUGAGAAGAGAAGCAGAGAACUUUACUGGUUAAUGUAAUCCUUAAUUCUGUUUGUUGCACUGAAUUUCAAGAGUGUAAUUGUAACUCAAGAUUACUCACAUGUGUAAGCAGAUAUUAUUUUCAUUGUAAUGCUUAUGUAAUUAGCUUACCUGUAUUUCCGGUAAUGAUUCCAUAAGCAUGAACAAUAUAUUGUUAUGGUUAGUGCUAGAGAAAUAAUGUUAAGAACAAGCAAAGAUUAUUACAAAGAGAAGGCGUAAAUAGAAGCACCUUACUGGGAGAAUAUGUUGCAUGAUUUGACUGCUACUGGAGGUGACACAGUAGCACAUUGUAAACUUGAUUGCAAAUUGCUCUUCAGUGUAGUAAGCACAUUGACAUAUUGCUAUCAGUGCUGUAAAAAGUACAGCGAUGGCUGUUUUUAACCUAUAAAUAUACUGUAACUUAAUUUUUUUCCUACAAAAUGAAUUUAUAUUUAAUUGCUGCCUAAUACCUGUACUUAAAAUUAGAAUUUUUAGGAAGGGCAAAGGUGGGUGGGCAUGCCCGUGUAUUUUGGGAGGGGCUGUUGUUGUAUAUACAUUUCUUUGCACUUCCCACUCAGUUUGACUCUUAAUCCAAAACUCCCAGCUCUGACCAUGGUGAAUUUGCAACCUGACAUAUAUGUAUUUGUAUUGUGAUUCAGGUCUUCUCUAUUCUGUGGCCUUGAGCUUCAGAAUUUGACAGAAAAGGUCAUCUUUCCAUUCUCAAAUGUGAAUGCUCUGAGGUACCUCUAAUAUGGAAAAUGACCAAGCAAUGAAUUUUACUCUGUUGAGUGUAAUAUCAAUGUAGACUAUUAUUUAAAGCUGAUAUCUAAGGCUACUAACUAGUAGUGUGCCCAUUUGGGGGGGGGGGGGGAAAUGAUUGCUGUUCUAGUGAGUAAAGGGCAGACACUUUUAUUCAAGAGACUGUCACCAGUUCAGUGACUUAUUUGCCUUAGACUAGCUUGAUUUUUAAGAUUCCUUUAGGAAAUUUUUUUGAUUUCUGAAUUGGCAAAUAGGCGUUGGGAACGAGGGACACUCACUUAGCAUCUCCCAACAUGUUACUGUGGUUGCUCUAUAUGUUUUGGGUUUCACGUAUUUACAAAUAACAUCAUCAUAAGAUGAAAGCUCAAGAAAUGCAGAUGGCUGCAGAUUGUCUUACAUGAGUGAAGGCAGUGAAGGUUACUGAAACUAACUGCAUUUUUUUAAGCCUGUUGAAUGAAAGAGAAAUAAUCAAAGGAAGGCUGAUUUGCCAUUCACUAGCUUUGUGCAAUACUGUAGGUAGAAUCAAACACGAGCACACUGUGCUUGGCUUUAAGAAAGUUCUUUCACAUCAUUAUAUUCAAAGGACCUAUUAAAUGCAUAUUUUAUUGUAAAUGACUCUGCAAAUUUACUAUACCUAAUAAUGCUCAAUGUUCUAAAGUGUUAAGCAAAAAGCGUGUUUAAAAUAAGGUUAAAAAAACCUAAGCAAGCAUUUCUAGUAAUACCUAAAAACUACAAAGUUUUGACUUGUUUGCCUUUUGCUCUUUUUUAUUUAGUGCAGCUUUUCUGCAAUGCAAGUUUCUUGCUGUGUAUUUCAUGUUUUUUACUAUCAUGACUCAAGUUUAAACCUGUACACUAAGUACUGAACUCACCUUCUUGUACAUGCGAUGUAACAUCAUACUCACAGUUUUGGUGCUUAAAUAUGAUUCCUUUUUUCUUUAUUAAAGGAUAUUUAUUUGAUCA